AUGGCGCAGCGAUGGGUGGAGCGGGCUUCGGCCCCGGUGAGCCAGGCCGUGCUGCCGCACUUGGGAAAGCCUAUCGAUAAACACAACUGCCGUCUCUUUGGCCCAAUUGCGAUCGGUGUGCAGCUGCUGAUGGGCGUAUUGGUCCUGGGCAGUCUCGCGUACAAACGUCAGUGCGAGCGGCCACAGCGGCCGUGGCGUACGUGGAUGCUGGAUAUCACGAAGCAGCUGGCCGGUCAGCUGAUGGUGCAUGUCCUGAAUGUUGCCCUGAGCACGGCCGGCUCGAUGGAUGGGCACAGCAAUCCCUGCUCGCUGUACUUUUUAAAUAUUCUCCUGGAUUCAACGCUAGGUGUUGCGAUCCUCUACUACUUCAUGCAGAGUCUCACCUACCUCUUUGAGACGAGGCUCGCGAUCCGUGGCCUUGUAUCGGGCGACUAUCAAGACGACCCUCCGCCCCCCCACACGCCGCUGGAGCCGUGGCAGUGUUGGGUGCGCCAGACGGCUGUCUACGUUUUGGCGCUCUCGCUAAUGAAGCUGCUCGUGCUUGCCAUGCUUGGACUCCUCCCCUUCCUCACCACGUUUGGCGACUGGCUGCUCGGUCUCUUUGGCGCGCACCGCGGCUGGCAAGUCGUUUUCGCUAUGGCGAUCUUUCCCCUUGCUAUGAACACGCUCCAGUUCUGGCUCAUUGACUCGAUUCUCCAGCACCAGCCCGGCCAGACGUCCUAUUCACGUGUGUACACGGCCGAUAUGCCCAUGCCCCGUUCCGAGUCCGAACUCGAGUCGUAG